CAUAUUUUUCUCUAUUAAACAGAUAAUGUUUGUAAACAUUUGUUGACGAAUGUUGUAAAUGUUUCUCAUUUAAAUUAAUUAAGUGUCACAAUCAAUUGUUUCAUGUUUAGGGAGAAAAAUUGAUUCUCAGUGAAAAAAAAACAAACGGGAAACCAAGUUGAUUAAUUUUCCAAUAGAGGUCACUGUUUAUCGAAAAACAAAAUUUUUCUUCUCUCUUUCUCUUACUUUUUCUCUUUCUUUCAACCGAAGAAAGAGAAGAAAGAGGGCGACUGCGCAUGCGCAGAAGAGAAGUUCAUCUGCCAUAUUUCUUUUUCUCUCUCUACAUGAACACCGAACAUUUCAACCUUCAUUUGAUUCAAUUUUGAUUGUGAUUAAUUGUGAUUUUAUUUUAUUAUUGAUUUUUUUUGUUUGAUUCUUCAUUUAAUUUUUUUUCGUUUACAUGUUUGCUUAAUUAAUUAACAUCAUUCCAUUUAAUUAUUUUGGUUGUCCGCCCUUUUUUUCUCCUCUUACUAUUUCUAUCUUGGUCUUUGAUUUUUUUCUUCUCUCUCUCUCUCUGUGGUCCUAACUCUCUUUCUUUUCUCUCUUUCUCUUUUUACUCUUCUCUUUUUCUCUAACAUUCAUCAUUCACUACAAUAUAUUCAUCUUGUUGUUUUAUGUGAAUAGUUUUGUUUCUUUUCCCUUCACUCCCUUUUUUCUUCUAACGACGACCACCACAACUUCUACUACUUCUUCAUCAUCUUUUUAUUCAUCUUCAUCAGCAUAAUCGGUUUAUUAACAUAAUUAUUACGAAUCCAUCCAAAAAUGCCUAAACCAAUAAGUGUACGUGUUACCACUAUGGACGCUGAAUUGGAAUUUACCAUUCAGCCCAAUACAACAGGUAAACAACUUUAUGACCAAGUUGUCAAAACAAUCGGCUUACGUGAAGUUUGGUUCUUUGCCUUACAAUAUGUUGAUAGUAAAGGUUAUACAACUUGGUUGAAGUUAAACAAAAAAGUAUUGAGUCAAGACGUCAAGAAAGAAAGUCCUUUACAAUUUAAAUUCCGUGCCAAAUUUUUCCCAGAGGAGGUAACCGAGGAGAUUAUUCAAGAUAUUACCCUGAAACUUUUCUACCUUCAAGUUAAAAAUGCAAUACUUUGUGAUGAGAUUUAUUGUCCACCCGAAACCUCUGUUCUUGUUGCCUCUUAUGCUGUUCAAGCCAAAUUUGGUGAUUACAAUCCAGAAAACAUGCCACCCGUUUCAUUGUCAAAUGAGAGACUUUUGCCUCAACGAGUUAUGGAUCAACAUAAGCUUACCCGUGAACAAUGGGAGGAAAGGAUCACUAGUUGGUGGGCUGAACAUAAAGGAAUGCCUCGUGAAGAUGCUAUGCUGGAAUAUUUGAAAAUAGCUCAAGAUCUGGAAAUGUAUGGAGUCAAUUAUUUUGAAAUCAAAAAUAAGAAAGGAACCGACCUAUGGCUCGGUGUUGAUGCCCUUGGAUUAAAUAUUUAUGAAAAGGAAGAUAAAUUAACUCCAAAGAUUGGUUUUCCUUGGUGUGAGAUACGUAACAUCUCUUUCAAUGACAAACGUUUCACCAUCAAACCAAUAGAUAAAAAGGCUCCCGAUUUUGUCUUCAUUGCUCCUCGAUUACGAAUCAACAAACGUAUUCUUGCUCUUUGUAUGGGAAAUCAUGAAUUGUAUAUGCGAAGACGUAAACCUGAUUCAAUUGAGAUCCAACAAAUGAAAGCUCAAGCUAAAGAGGAAAAGGCAACUAGACAACAGGAAAGAGAAAAAUUGAAGAAAGAAAUUGAAUUACGAGAGGCUGCGGAAAAGAAACAACAAGAAUAUGCGGAAAGAUUGCAAAGGAUGCAAGAAGAAAUGGAGAAGAGGCAAAGAGAACUAAUGGAAGCUCAAGAGACCAUUAGAAAACUAGAAGAACAAUUGAAGCUGAUGCAAAGCGCUAAAGAAGAAUUGGAAUUGAAACAAAAUGAAUUGGAAGAAAUGAUGAAACAAUUAGAACAAUCUAAAGAAAUGGAACAUGAGGAAAGAACUAGAUUAGAAGAUGCAAUUCGAAGUAAACAAGAAGAAGUCCAAAGAAUGGAAAAUGAGGUUCAACAAAAAGAUGAGGAAACUAGAAGAUUACAAGAGGAGGUUGAAGCUGCCCGGCGGGUUCAAGAAGAGGCCACUGCUGCCAUUAUUGCUGCAUCAACCACACCUCAACACCUCAAUCUAAGAGAGGAUGAUAACGAAGAAAAUGAUGAGCUUCCUAACGGUGAAAUCGGUGCUGAUCUUGAAAUUCAAAUGGGUGGAGAUGUUCAUCAUCCUGAAGAGGAAAGAGAGACAGCCGUCUCCAAGAAAAAAGACUUACAAGAGCAGUUGAAGAUUCUAAGCAAAGAUUUGGCUGCAGCUAAAGACGAUUCUAAAGUUAGCAAAAAUGAUAUUCUUCACCAAGAAAACGUGAGGCAAGGACGAGACAAAUACAAAACACUGAGAGAAAUUCGUAAAGGCAAUACUAAAAGACGAGUUGACCAAUUCGAGAAUAUGUAAAAUCUUCUCCAUCUCCCAAUUUUUCCCUUUCCCUUUAUCUAGAGGUAUAAUUUCCACCAUUUUAUCUAAUUUGCCCCUCUCUCUCUCUCUCUCUCUGCAAUUCCUUUGCUUGUUAAGUAGCCUUAUCGAAUACAAACAAAUCAAAUUCCAAUGUAAAUCACUUUUUUUUCACAAUCAGAAUUCCAGAAGAAAUUUUAUUCUAAAUUCUGAUCAAUCAGUUUACCGGUUUUUUUUACUUUUCCAUGGGAAAGAAAAAAAAAUGGUUUCUUGCAAUUGGAAAUCACGGAAAUCACAACAAUCAACAUCAAAUAAUUUUUAAGAUGUUAAAAUUAUUAUUAUUAUAUUAUUAUUAUUAAUGAUGAUAAAAUGAGAAGAGAAAAAUUCACACAGAAUAUUAAUAUUGAUCAAAAAGAAAAAGAAACAGAACAAAAUUGCAUAUGAUAAUUAUUUACACGAAAAUAAUUAUGUAUUUUUUUCUUACAACAAAAUUGUAUUAAAACUUCACAAUUGUGACUUGACACACACACACAGAAACAAAAAAAAUGAAUAAAACAAAAUCACCUACACUUUUAA